UUUUUUUGUACUUUUUUGCUUAAUAGUUAGUGAUGCUGGAGUUUUUUAAGCUAAAUUUGCGGUCGAUACAGCAUUCCAAAACGAGAUUACUAUUUAUGUCUUCCUUAUGUCCAGAAGGAUCACAGCGUAACGUAUAUAAGAUCAUUAAUGACAAUAGAAUUAUCUUAUUUAUGAAAGGAGAUCCUUUGCAUCCUUUGUGCGGUUUUAGCAGAGGAGCGGUUCAGAUUCUUCAAUCAUAUGGUGUAAAUGAUUUUAAAUACGUCGAUGUACUUCAAGACGAAGAAGUUAGAAAAGAAAUUAAGAUUUUUAGUCGGUGGCCAACUUUUCCACAACUUUACGUAAACGGUGAAUUUAUUGGAGGUUUUGAUAUCUUAAGAGAACUGCACAAUUCCAAUGAACUUAAAAAGAUUUUUGAAAAGGUAAAGAAUAACAAUGAAAGUAAAAAAGCUGACGGGAAGAAACAAUAAGAAAUCUUUUUUAAAAAAACCAUAAUACGGGCAUACAAUUCAGGAUUAACAACUUUUGGGAAUGGUU